ACAGACGGACAAACUGAGGUAACCAACCGAACUCUUGAGCAGUACUUAAGGUGCUACAUCCAUCAAUUUCUGAAAAGGUGGGAAAACUUUUUGCUUUGGGCUGAGUAUUGGUACAACACCACUUACCACGAAUCGACCAAGAUGACACCGUUUGAGCUGGUAUACGGGCGAAAACCCCCGACGUUGAUCAACGUUUCGGAAGGGAGUACAGUCAACGAUGAGGUUGGUCGAGAACUUGAGGAACGAGAUCUGAUGUUGCGAGAAUUAAAGAAAAAUCUCGAAGGCUCGAUUAACCGAAUCAAAGCCUUCGCUGAUGGUAAGAGGCGCGAAGAGAACUUUACACCGGGAGAGUAUGUUUACCUAAAGCUACGACCAUUCCGACAGCGCACAACAGCACAAAGGGCAGCGACUAAGCUUGGAGUUCGCUACUAUGGACCUUAUCAGAUUCUGAAGCGCAUUGGUCAGGUAGCUUAUCGCCUAGAAUUGCCAGAAAGUUCUCAGAUCCACCCGGUUAUCCAUGUCUCACAACUCAAGAGGAUUUUAGGAGAAGCGCAGAAGUAUUGUGAGGAGUUACCAGCAACCCCAGCUGAUGGUAGGGUCAUAGUACGCCCAAAACGAGCGAUUGAGUACC